AAAAUGUGGCACUUGCAUGCAUCAGAAAACUUCAAAAUAUUUUCCAGAUUCUGGGAAACUUAUUUCAACAAAUGCUUUAAUGGAAAAGAUGCGUCUAAAGUAUGCACAGAAACCAUGGAGUGAAACUCUGAAACUUGUACGAAUUUGCAUGGAUAAACCAGCUCAAGGUUCCAGUGCUGUUACUGCAGAUCGUCCAUUAUUUUCUUGCUUGGAGAAGAUACAGAAAACUUUAAAUGCUAAAUCUCUGGCUGCUGUGAUGAACCAACUGGAAUUUUUAUCCAAACAAAAGGGGCUUAACUCCCACAUUAGCCCUAAUGGAACAUCUUGCUAUAUAACUUCGGAUAUGUUCUAUGUAGAAGUUCAGUUGGAGAAAGAUGGAAAGGUGAUAGAUGUAAAGUUGGCUCACCCUGGAGAGGCCCCUGUGAUUUGUGAAGAUCUGUUGCAGCAUCUAAGAAUGAAAGACUAUGCUGCCUUUGGAAAGAUUCUAGAAGACUUGUCAAAUCUGUACCAAAUUCCAGGAAAUAGUGAUAUGAAAGCUAAGGCAUAUCUAGUCUUGCAAUCCUUGGAAAAAGAUCUCUGUUCCAUGUCCCUUCUGUACAGCACACAGGAUGUCAACAGAGUUACUGAAGUACUUCAUGGAAAAGUAGGACACCUUGUGCCAAGAACUGGAGGAACCCCUAUGAACAUUGAAUUUUACAUAUCGCCCUAUCAAGUUCUGGAAGAAGAACUAAACCCUGGCUCAUGCGUAUGUGGAACAAAGCUGUUUGUAACUGUUGGAGGUUCAGACAUGACGCACAAGCUUCCUAUUUCUCCGUUGAUUGUGGAUUCCCAGACACAAGAUGGAAAGCCUGUCUUUUUACCACUGAGUGAUGAACUUGGUGUGGAUUUGCCAGCUUGCUUUUUCUUGAAGUUUCACCAGCCUUCCCCUAUAUCUUCAUCCAGUAUUAACGAGAUACAGAAGAUUACAGGCAUUCCCAUUUUUGCCCCGACACUAGCUCCUCUUUAUGAAUUGAUUGUUCAAUUUACCCUUAAUGGGAAGUACAAGGAGGAUUGUUCCAUAAAUAAUUAUCGUUUCAUUGUGUCUCUUCCAGAUUGUCCGAAGCAUAGUUAUUUCAUAAAUAAAGGCACAGAAAAAUCAGGGAUCACAGGAGCAUUGGUCAGUAAAAUUCCAUUCACCCAUCCAAAGUUCGUGCCUCCUAUAAUAGAUAUUCUUCGGCAUCAGAUGGUUUAUAACACCCUUAUUAGCAGCUGUCUCUCUGAGAACAGGAUAAACAAAGAUUAUUCAGAGCUGCUUUAUUUUGAAGUGUCUCCAGUAAAAGACACCAGCUUUUCCAUCUCAUUCCAGCAUCCUGUAGGAGUGAAUUUAGCUUGUGUGGUAAUCAAUGUCUUGAGCUCCAGAGAAAUCAAAUGCAGUCUUCAUAUAAAUCCGCAAGAUGCAACCUUAAAUUGCAGCAAUGAUUUCAUCACAAGAGUUGUGGAGCGUUGCUUGUCUGUCCCUCUUGUCAUGAGAGCUAUUUUCAAGAAUGCUGUCAACCUAGAAGCAGAUGGUAGAACACAAAAUAUGGAGGUUGUCGGUGAGCAAAAUCCUGAAGUUACCUGUGAGUAAUCAGCAUCCUGUAGUAAUGUCAAGGAAAAUAUGUCUGCAUCCAGCACACACAACUCCACAGUAACCAAUACACAAAAUGUAACCAUUACUAAAGAAGAAAGGUUCUCCACCACUAACCUGCAGAUCUCCAGCACGAUCAUGGAAGAAAACAGCUCUACUGCCAGCCAACACUCAUCUGAUGGAAUGGAAGGCAGACAGGCAGGCUGCAGAAAUACUGCAAACUUCAUCUGACAGCAUGGAAGAAAGUCUUUUUACAGCUAGCCUGCAGACUUCAUUUGACUAUGUAGAACAAGGUGUCUCCACAGCCAGUGCUGAGUGUGAUGUACAAGAAAUCCAGAAUAAGUGUACUAAAUAUUGUCUAAUGUAAAUCUGUUAUGGUUCCACAUCAACUGUUUUAUAGAGUGAUCAACCAGCAGAUAAUUUCCCAGAAGUAGUCAGUUCUUUUGUUUAACUCCUUGGAAUGAAACUUCUUCUGCUUUUGUAUUCUAAAUA